GUUUGGUUUAAAAGAGCCUAAUGUUCCUGCCGCUUUUUUUUCACGUCCUGCUUUUGAGCGAAGAGCUUCCCCUUUCUUCACAUCAACAGUCACUCACCUUGAGAAACACUCGAUAUAUACUUCCUCCACGAGCACGAAACAUCCCAAUCAAAUUUACGCUCAACUCUCUGAAACCUCCAACCGAUGGCAGCCCCUCAAUACUCCAAUGGGGCUCCCCAGACCAUCGCAUCCACAGUCCACACGGGCAAACCACCAAUGUCAAUAUGGGUGCCUAUGGGAGUCCUCAUUGCCUGGAUUUGCUGCUUCAUCAUCGGCGGCGGUCUCAUAGGCGCUUUCGAAUCUGGUUCCAUUUGUAUCGAGAACGACGAAUUUACCACAACCUGCUACGGCAACACGGGCGAGUGGUACGCAGGAAUUGCAUUUAUUGUCAUUGCUGUGCUCCUGAAGUUUACUUUCUGGGUUCUGUUGAUUGUGAGGUGUUUUCAGAGGAGGGGAUACGUUGCAGUUACCACGGUGGUACAAAACAACAAUACGAUCCACAAUGAGACGGGGAUGCCACUUCGGCAGUAUGAGCCUCAGCAGGAGCAGCAGCUUCCACCUGGAUACGCGACAAGGCCGUAUCAGGAUGUUCCGUUACAGAGUCAGUAUGACACUUCGAAGGUUGGACAGAUGAAGUAUUGUGGGCAGUGUGGGACGGGAAAUACUACACCGUAUUGCUCCAAGUGCGGAGGUCAUGUUACAAUGUGAGGUGCGGAGGCGCAUUGCCGAUAGACUAUACAUUAGUACACGAGGAUCAUGGGAUUAGAGUUGGAUCAAUAUCUGGGGAUCAGCCUUCAGAUAGAUGAACAAUCAGUACGAUAUAAUGCAAAAGAUUAG